AUGGUGAAAAUUGAACACCUUUACGUCCUGAAGAAUCCGAAUGAACCGGAUAACUUAGAUCCAACUUCAACCAGUCAAGAGCUUGGCCCCAUUGAUGUUCCUACUGUUCAAGCUGGGAAUAUGCCAUUCGAUGGGCUCAGACCGAGCGGUCAUGAGACACAGAACUCCAGCGGAGGCCUGCAGGAUCUGCCUAUAAAGAGCCGGGAUAACAAGAGAAAGUCGUUAUCGGACAAUGAUAAAAACGAGAGCUAUGAAUCCGAUGACCUUGAUAAGAAUGACCGGGCUGCAGAGGAGCAACUACAUAACAGCUUCCUGACUGAGGAGAGCAUGAACUCAAAGGCCAGGGGAUCAAGCCAGCGGACAUCAAGUAGUCAGGGACCUCGACGUAGCGGCAGGAAAAGGCGUAAGAUAAGCAACUACUCCAAGCUUAUCGAUGUUGGGGCCGAGACGAGCGAUCAUGAGAGCGUCUAG